AUGGCCUCACUCACACUUGUCUCCGUGGCGGAUGCUCUUGUGCCGCAAGUGGUGGCCGACUGGCUGGUGGCUGUUUGUCGCCACACCGGACAGGCGUGGGGACCGAAUGCCGCGGAGAAACUCUUUUGGUUUCGGCCACCGAAGGUGCAUGUGUUUGAGUUUGUCGUACUGCACGUGUUUGUCUGGUGUUGCUUCCGUGCCUCCUGGGGCUACCGUUCACGGGCGUGGAGGUACACCUGCAGGAUUUCCCGCGGCAAGUCUACCAAGAGCCUAUUAAAUAAACUGUUGGGAGUUUUUUUUCUCUUGUGUUGGGCGUGUCAAGUGCUGUUGAAGAUCUCUCGUCCACAUCCUUUUGUUCAAAUUGGGUGGAUGCUGAUGCCCUGUCACCUGUUCACACUGCUCUGGGCUGCCGUGCUGCUGCGUACUGGGCCGAGCCAAUACCCCGAGAAUGUCUACUUAGCAACCCUCGCCGCGGAUUACCAUUGGGGACCCACAGCGGCAUUGGCGUCACCUGAUUGGGGAGAUCAUCAGUACAAAUUCGAGAGCUAUUUUUUUAUGGUGCAUCACGGGCUUCUGUUCAUCAUGCCAUUUUAUUUUGCCGUGCGUUAUGAUUUAUUGCCCAUGACUCGUUCACACUUGCUGCACGCAACGGCGCUAGCGACUCUGGUCAACAUUGGAUUCUACACACCGUACUCAUACAUUAGUGGUCUAAAUGUCAAUUACAUGCUGUACCCGCCACCAAAGUUGAUGCACGUAUUUCCUUUCAAGUAUGUGGCGUAUCGCUUUUAUAUUAUCGCAUUUCUUAUUGUAUUAACUUCUGCCUUUCAUGCUUUCAUCAGCAACUUUGGAAAGGGAGCUCGGUGGCUGCUGUCACAAGGCAAAAACACACACACUGCGUUUAAUAAAAAACUGAGAAUGGGUUAUCUAACUUCUUGUAGAAGAGGAAUUGAGACGCAUUAA